UCGCGUGUCCACUGUGCGCUCAGGGCUGGGUGCCGGGGGGGCGACCUCAGGAGGGGCUUUUCCGGGCCCGCGGCUCCUGGCUCCGUCCACGUCACUCACCGAGAAGCACUCCAGGUGUUGCCUGGGUACCAGGGUCAACUGUCCCAACACAUUCCUGGAAAUCCAUGGAUGAAGCUUUGCCAAGCCCAGCUCCUGAAGAUGGAGGCAGCAUUGUGAAGGUGGAGGAGGACGCCACAUGGGAGCAGCUGGGCAGCUCACACUCUCAGGAGCUCUGCCGCUUACGUUUCCGGGGGUUCAGCUACCAGGAGGUGGCGGGGCCUCGUGGGGCGCUUGCUCAGCUCCGGGAGCUCUGCCGCCUGUGGCUGCGGCCCGAUUUGCACAGCAAGGAGCAGAUGAUGGAGCUGCUGGUGCUGGAGCAGUUCCUGAGCAUCCUGCCAGGGGAGCUCCAGGCCCACGUGCGCGCACAGCAUCCGGAGAGCGGGGAUGCGGCAGUGGCCGCGCUGGAGAAUAUGGAGGCAGACACGGGGGACACGGGACAGCAGAUCUCCGUCUACUCUCGGGGACAGGACAUGUACCUACUGGUGACGGGACCUCAAGGAGCCUCUUUGGAGGAUCAGAGCCUGCAGCUCCUGCCCAGGGUGACCACACUGAAGUGUGAGCCUCCUGAGCUCACCCAAGAGGACCUUCACGAAGUGAGAAGGCCUGCUCCCCAGGGUCUAGCCCUUCUCCAGGAAAGAAAUGCCAGAGACAUGGCAGCAGUACCCGAGUUUACACCAGCCAUGACCCAGACAUCUGUGAAGACUGAGGAAGAAGCAAUCCAGGCCCUUGUCCCCGAGGAGUGGCCACAUCUACAUCUGGCUCCGAGGAGCCUCUGUGAGAAGUCAGCUCAGGAGAAGGUGACACACCUCAGUCUGACGUCUGAAGAAGUUGUAACUAAAGAUGGAUUGUUUAAUGCAAAGCAAGAAACAUCUGAAGAAAUGGACCAAGGUGCUAAGGCCUCAGGAAUACCCAACAGGCGUUGUGUACCCCAGCUCCCUACUGAAAGGACAGCUGCGCAUUUGAACACUCUGAAGGAUUGUCACCCGGGGGACUUGUGGGCCCGGAUGCACAUCUCAUCCUUGGAAUAUGCCGCAGGAGACAUCACCCGAAAAGGGAGAGAAAAAGACAAAGCUCGAGUGAGUGAACUGCUCCAAGGCCUUGCAUUUUCUGGGGACUCAGAUGGGGAAGAAGAUAAUGAGCCAGAGGCCCAGCCUGCUCCCAAAAAGCUGAAGGCGUCAAGUGUCUCAGAGAAGAACUGGUCCAAGAGAGACAUCAAACCCAACUUUCCAAGCUGGUCAGUACUGGAUUAUGGACUUCUGAAUCUCAAGAGUGAAAAGUUGAACCCGGUAGAGCUCUUUGAAUUAUUUUUUGAUGAUGAAACAUACAACUUGAUUGUCAAUGAAACCAAUAAUUAUGCUUCUCAGAAAGAUGUCAACUUAGAAGUCACAGUUCAGGAAAUGAGGUGUGUGUUUGGUGUCGUGCUUUUGAGUGGAAUUGUGAGGCGUCCCAGAAGGGCAAUGUAUUGGGAAAUCCCUGACGCUGAUCAGAACCAAGUUAGAGAUGCAAUUAGAAGAGACAGGUUUGAAUUGAUUUUCUCAUACCUGCAUUUUGCAGAUAAUUGCCACCUAGAUCCAAAUGAUAAGUUUACAAAAUUGAGGCCUCUCAUAAAGCAAAUGAAUAAAAAUUUCCUCCUGUAUGCCCCCCUAGAAGAAUACUAUUGUUUUGAUAAGAUGAUGUGUGAAUGCUUUGAGAGCGACCAAUUCCUGAAUGGGAAACCUGUUAGAAUCGGCUAUAAACUUUGGUGUGGUACAACCACACAGGGUUAUCUGGUUUGGUUUGAGCCCCAUCAGGAAGAAUCACCCAUGACGGCAGAUGAGGAUAUUGAUCUUGGUUUAGGUGGAAACCUAGUGAUGAAUUUUGCUGAUGUUCUUCUAGAGAGAGGUCAGUAUCCCUAUCACCUGUGUUUUGGUAGCUUCUUUACAAGUGUCAGAUUGGUGUCAGCUUUGAAGAAGAAAGGUGUGAGGACAACAGGAACCAUUUGUGAGAACGGGACUGAAAAAUGUCCCCUUAUGAAUGCAAAACAUAUGAAAAAAAUGAAGAAGGGGUAUUUCGAUUUCCGAGUGGAAGAAAAUGAUGAGAUAACUUUGUGUCGUUGGCAUGGUGAUGGCAUUUUCAGUCUGUGCUCCAAUGCUGUUGGCAUAGAGCCAGUCAGUGAGAUAAGCUGUUUUGCUGAGGACGAGGAGAUUGCCCGGAUAAGUCAGCCACGUAUAGUCAAGUUGUACAAUGAAUGCAGGGAAGGUGUAGCUAAAACGGGUCAAAUCAUUUCCAAAUAUAGGGUGAGAAUAAGAAGCGAGAAGUGGCACUCAGCCUUGGGGAGCGAGUACGUGAUCGAUGCAGCCGUGAGCAGCGCGUGGCUGCUGCGCAGAGCCUGCAACCCGGGCACCUCGGUGGGACGCUGGGAUGUUCGGAGACACGUCGCACAUCUCUAUUUGGAGCACAAGUCGAAUCUGUCCAAUGAAGGCAGGCAGGCACUGGCAGUCCUUUUUGUCAAUGGGGCUGAAUGUAGGGAGCCAUGCAUCAGCUUCUGUGACUCUUUGGACCCGGUCAGCGAGACAGAAUCUGAGAGACUUCCCCAAGUCUUCUUCUAA